AUGGCUUCAUAUAAUGUCACGAAGAAAAAUCCGGCCACAGAAAAAGACGUCUGUUUUACGUUAUUUACAAGUGAAGCUAUCGAUGGCGCACACGGCACGAUGUUAACUAUCGUUCUUUUAAUUACGACGACGGCGAUUAUUACAUCGAACCUUCUUGUGUUGAUUGGAUUGUGGAAAACCAACAAAGUAUUCACAACUGUACACAAAUUACUUUUCAUUCUUAGCUCGCUGGAUCUUAUAAUUGGUGUAUUUGUAGCACCGCUACAGAUUACGAUGAUCAUGCUGGCAUCGAAAGCGCCUUGUUUUCUGAUAAAUCUUCAAGCCUUCAGUAAUGUUUUCUUACCACUAAUGGAUGGUAUGGUUCUUUUAACUCUUGUUUUUAUUCGAUAUCAGGUCACAACGAACUCCAAAAUUUAUCGAAAUUAUUCAAGUUUUCGUUAUGUCUACGUCAUGCUUUUAACUAGUGCCAUACCUCCUCUUACGUUCUCCACCUGGUAUGUUUUAAACAGACGAGUUAUUGAAGUAUGGAGUCACGCCUAUUUCUUCAUUACAGUGGCGAGUUUUACUGUAAUACUUUUGUUUGUUAUUAUGACUUUCAAUGUAAAAAUACUAACUUACGUAAAUAAAUCAGGAAAAAGAACAAGAGCUUAUACGACAACAGGUGCGUCCACGUAUCAUAGAAAUGUUUCAAACACAAUCCUGUUAAUCUCAGUAUCAAUUACAGUUUGCUAUCUACCAUUGAUUUUUAUAUUUUUAAUUUCGGGAUUUUUUUUGUUGACGAAGCAUAAAGAUAUGUCAGAGCUUGAAAUAAUUGUACCGUGGUCACAAAUACCGAUAUUGAUAAACUCGUGUUUGAAUUCGGUUAUCUAUAUAGCGCGAACUAAAGACAUUAAGAAUUAUUAUAGUGCAUUAUUUGGAAAGAAAAACAGAGCAUUGGAAACUACGUACGAAGAAAGACAUUCAACACAAAGAGAACAAAAUGUGUUAGAUUUUCAAAUUGCCUGUUAA